AUGUUUAGCCUCGCAUUUAAACGAGCAUGCAAACCCCGUCAACCUGUACAGUGGUGGAAUAAAUUCCGUUUUAAUUCCACAGGAGCUGCCGGUCCCUCUGGACCCAAGCGGCGACUGACUGCAGAUGAGUACUUCAAGUUGCUGGAUCUCAAGAAAGCCCAGAAGCGAAAGGAUACCCUGACGCUUGUUCUGUACAGCUCGGGCAUCGUUAUUUGGUUUACGACUCUAGCAUACGCCUCUGUGCCUCUAUAUCGUGCCCUCUGCUCACGCACUGGUUUCGGUGGCACCCCAAUCACCGACUAUACAAAGUUCAGCGCGGACCGCAUGCAACCAGUUGACCGCAGCCAGCGGAUUUCGAUCAAGUUCUCCUCUGAAGUGUCGCCGCAGCUGCCCUGGACAUUCAAGCCUGAGCAGCGCGAGGUCCAGGUUCUUCCCGGUGAGACUGCCCUUGCGUUCUACAAGGCCAAGAAUCUCAGCGACGAGCCGCUGAUCGGCAUCGCAACAUACACGGUGGUUCCCGACCGGGCUGCUGCGUACUUUUCGAAAAUCCAAUGCUUCUGUUUCGACGAGCAGCUGCUGCUGCCUGGCGAAGAGAUCGACAUGCCCGUGUUCUUUUUUAUCGAUCCAGACUACGCCCGUGACCCGGCCAUGUCCCACACCAACGACAUCGUCCUCCACUACACAUUCUUCAAGUCGCUCGAGUCCGAGGACAUGGCCAAAAAGCUGUCGGAUCUGGGCCGCAUAGGCCCCGUGGUCGAAGAAACAGCCGCUCCUGGGGCGUGA